GCAUCAUGUAGAGCACACGAAGGUGGCAGCAUGGACUCAGCGAAUGUGCUCGGCAAUUUUCUGAAGGCUGCCCGGCCAGAAUGGACUGCCACGCAGCUGGCUGCAGUGGAAGAGAAAUUGGAAAAGGUUGGCAUCCGAGACGUGUUGGAGCUCAUCCAGUCCCUUCGAGGCAGAUCGGAGCAGAGACUCAACAACCGGCUGAAGGCCGUGGGAGAGAAAUGCUUCACCUCUGAAACCCUGACAGCACUCCGGCGCCGUGUGAGAGAGGAGCCGGCCCUGCGUCGCGCCGCCGAACAGCGGGCGGCCAAUGCCAGGCUUGCAGCCGCCUCGUAUCCUGUUCAUGAUCAGGACUCCGGCGACUCCUCCGGGGCGGAGCUGCUGGCGGCUCCCAAGUGGAACCCGGCCGCGGGGGCCAGGGCCAAAGUGGCCGCUCCAGCUCGAGGAGCCACUCCAAUGCCCACGUCCAAAGAUGACAUGAUUGUGGCCUUGGAAAAGUUGGGUCUGGAGGUCAAACUGUGCCACGUCCGGGAGUUGCGUGCCGUUCUCUUUGAAGCGCGGCGCUUGCAAGAGCUUCAACGCGAAGAUCUCUUGCAAGAGGUGCGUGCUCGCGGCUUGCUUCCUAUGGACGUGAACACCAACAGCGAAGUUCUGAUUAGGUGUUUCUUGGAAUCGACCUUUCCUGACACCUUGGAAAGCCACAACUCCAAUGCUUGGACGAGGGAGCACUCACCAAGAAGUUCAGCAGAUGAGGAUGGCUUCACCUUUCAGAUCCUUACUCCCAGUCCGGAGCCGUUGUCGUUGUCUACUCUCUUCACCAAUUCUGAGGAAGAUUUGCUGAAACAAUGUAAGGCGAGGGGCUUGUGGAAAGAAGGUGUGGAGUCCAAGGGCAAAGGUUUCUUGGCGCUCCUGCUGAAAUUAGACAGCCGCAGAGAGUACUUGCAAAGUCUGCAGGAGGCAGGAGCAUAGACGCCCUCGAACGCGUGCU